AUGAUACCUACAAAGCAUCCAGCAGUCGUAUCUGCAACAAGCCCGUACGCCGCUGUAUCCGCACCACAACAGCAGUCUAGCUUUUAUGGACCUAGCAGUAACAAUAACAGUACCGAAUCACCGUAUUGCUAUUAUCCUCAACAACAACAACAACAACAACAACAACAGCAUAUCCAUCAGAACCCAUACCUCGGCCCCUGGCAGGAACAGCAACAACAACAGCAUCAUCUUCAGUCGUCCAGCAAUGGAAGCAUCGGUUCCGCGGACGAUGCAGGAUUGCAUACCUAUAACCAUCAUCAUCAUCAACAGCAGCAACAGCAAGCAGAACCACCCAUCACUCGGCCCAAGCUGACGACGUCAAUUUGGGAAGAUCAAAACACCAUUUGUUUCCAAGUCGACGCACGCGGCAUUUGCGUAGCCAGGCGACAAGAUAACGACAUGGUGAACGGCACAAAGUUGUUGAAUGUCACCGGUAUCUCACGAGGGAAGCGUGAUGGCAUAUUGAAGAACGAACGAGGUCGUGUCGUGGUCAAGGUUGGAGCAAUGCACUUGAAGGGUGUCUGGAUCACCUUUGCACGUGCCAAAGCACUUGCUGCACAGUUCAACAUUGACAAAGUGCUUCACCCAUUGUUUGAGGAUGACCCCACCGCGUACUUUUGC